GCAGACACAUUAGCCAAAGACGCAACCUUUCUUCCAAGUUUCAACAAAGGCAACAACAUCAAACAAAGAGAGGAAAAAAAAAGGCGUAAAGUAAAAGAAAAAAAGAAAAAAAGAAAAAGAAAAGAUGCCACUACAGAACAGUGUCCACCACUAUUGGAUACCUCUCCUUUUGUUGUCUUUUUCCCCCACUUAAUCCCUCCCCCACUUUCUCUACUUUCCCAACACAUUUUUCCUCCAUCCCAAGCUUUGUAUUUUCCCUAAUACCAUUCCUAUUGUCUUCCUUCUGAUUCUUUUUUUCCUUUGCUUCAAAUUCCUUUUCUCAUUUCCACUUUUCUUUGUCAGCUUCAGUUUCUACUCAGUAUCUCCAGUCUGGGUUUGGUUAAUCUCUGAAAUCUUAGAAAGGGGCAUGUAGAAGAUACAACAAGAUUGUAUUUUUGGUCUUUAUCAACUUACCCAUCUGAGUUUCUCUCUUUCCACUUUAUAUUUGGGUCUGUAAAUAAGUAACAAUUAGUUAUAGUUGUUGAGAGAUUUCACUUUUCUUUGUCAAGCUUCAGUUUCUCUUUAGUAUUCUGGGUUAGGUUUACUUUCGAAAUCUUAAAAGGGGGCAUUUGGCUGAUUCAGCAAGAUUGCAUAUUUACUUCUUUAUGUGCUUACCCAUCUCAGCCUCUCUCUGUUCCACUGUUGUAUUUGUUCUGUAAAUAAUAGUCAGUGAUAGUUGUUGAGGGACUUCACUCUCAAGAUUGGACAUUUUUCUCUGUUUUAUACUGUUAUUGCGUUUUUAAGUAAAAAUAAUUGAUAAUUUUGAGGGGUACUCUGAUUUUUUCUCUCAAUAUGUCGCCAGCUGUGGUUGAUGAUGGAGUAGAAUACUGCUUUGCUAUGGAGUAUGAUGGUCCACCUAUAACCCAUGAUCUUCCACGGGCAGUUCCUAUAAAUGUUGAUAGGAUACCAGUGGCCACUGUUGUUUCACAGGUGCCAUUAUCCCACAAGUUAACUUUACCAGUUGUUCAACCUAUUUCAGCCACAGAUAUAACCAAAAGAUUUUCUAAGCAUAGUUUAGAAUCAACUGUGUCUCCUACAUCUGUGAUAGCUUUUCAAGGGGUAGAUGAAGAUGAUUCAGCUAGUAAAGAACUAGCUUUAGGCUCAGAGACUACAUUGUCCCCUAGCUCUGUUACUGCACUUGAGGAGAGAGUCUGUAGUAAUGGGGCGGCUGGUCUUUCAGGCCAGUCCAGUAGUUCUAGUCCAUUUGAAAGGCGUAAUGGCGAUGAGAGUGUAGGUGAAUUUUCUGGUUUGAUUAAUGAAUCCACUGACUUGGCAUCUUCUUCCAUUAGUCGUGAUGAAUUAUUGGGAAGGGUGGGGAGUUCUGGUACUUUUAGAUUUUCGAGUAGUUUUGAGAAAUCUAGGGACUUGUCGAGAAGUAGUCACAAUUUGAGGGCUUCGACUGGUCGAAAAGACAGAAGCUUGGAGUUCAAUGAUUUGAGCCAACCAGAUUGGGCCUCGAAUGAGUCAGUUUUGAGUCUUGAUUAUCCGUCUUCCCGUGUUUCUUCUUCACGUAAAUAUGGGGAUAGCUUUAAUGAAACUAGCUGUGAUGUUAAACGAGCUCCAGUUGUGACUUUCUGUGAUAUUGAAUCGGAGGAUGAAGAUAUUAAUGAAGAUGUUAGUGGUGCCGAGCCUGACUUGGUCCGACCAAAGAAAGAACCCGCAGUUAAGGUGAAGAAAGGGGUAUGCUAUCGUUGUUUUAAAGGGAAUAGGUUUACUGAGAAGGAGGUAUGUAUCGUUUGUGAUGCAAAAUAUUGCAGCAAUUGUGUGCUUAGAGCAAUGGGGUCUAUGCCAGAGGGAAGAAAGUGUGUCAGCUGCAUCGGCUAUCCGAUUGAUGAAUCAAAGCGAGGCAACUUGGGCAAGUGCUCUAGGAUGCUCAAGCGAUUGCUAAAUGAUUUGGAGAUUAGGCAGAUUAUGAAGGCGGAGAAACUGUGUGAAGUGAAUCAGUUGCCAUCUGAAUAUGUAUGUGUGAAUGCAAGGCGUCUUUCUCCUGAAGAGCUUGUUAUAUUGCAGAACUGCAUAAAUCCGCCAAAGAAGCUGAAACCUGGGAAUUAUUGGUAUGACAAAGUAUCUGGUCUCUGGGGAAAGGAAGGACAAAAACCUUCACAAAUUGUCACUCCCCAUUUAAAUGUUGGAGGUCCCAUUAAGCCAAAUUCUAGCAAUGGAAACACUCAGGUCUAUAUAAAUGGUCGUGAGAUCACCAAACCUGAGCUACGCAUGUUACAGUUAGCAGGAGUACAAUGUGCUGGCAACCCACAUUUUUGGGUGAAUGAGGAUGGUUCAUAUCAGGAAGAGGGACAGAAAAAUACCAAAGGAUAUAUAUGGGGCAAGGCUGGAAUGAAGCUGGUUUGUGCCGUACUCUCUCUUCCAGUUCCUUCAAAAUCAUCUAAUACUUGUGGAGAGCAAGUUAAUAGUGUGGUUAGUCAAGCCGUACCUGAAUAUCUUGAACAGAGGGCACUAAACAAGCUACUUUUGAUUGGAUAUAGUGGAUCUGGUACUAGCACUAUAUUUAAGCAGGCAAAAAUUCUUUACAAGGAUGUUCCUUUCUCGGAGGAUGAGAGAGAACAUAUCAAAUUGUUGAUCCAAAGCAAUGUAUAUGGAUACCUUGGUGUGCUGCUUGAGGGCCGCGAGCGCUUUGAGGAAGAGAGUUUGAAUGAAUUGCGCGAGGGUUCUUUGUCUUGUGACACUAGGCUGACAGGGAAUAGCACUGGGAUUGAAAAGAAAACAUUAUAUUCCAUACCUCCGAGAUUGAAAGCAUUCUCAGAUUGGCUUCUCAAAAUAAUGGCCACGGGUAAUCUUGAAGCCGUUUUCCCAGCCGCAACACGGGAAUAUGCUCCAUUAAUUGAGGAGUUGUGGAAUGAUUCAGCCAUCCAGGCUACUUAUAAGCGGAGAAGUGAACUGGAAAUGCUUCAUGACAUGCCUUGUUAUUUCUUAGAGCGGGCAGUUGAUAUUUUACAAACAGACUAUGAACCUUCAGAUGUGGAUAUCUUAUAUGCUGAGGGUGUUACUUCUUCCAAUGGACUUUCAUGUGUGGAUUUCUCAUUCCCAGAUUCAGAAGAUUAUGAUAAUCUUGACAGCAGUGAUCAUCCUAAUUCUGUGCUCAGAUUUCAGCUGAUUAGAGUACAGGCAAGGGGGUUCAUUGAAAAUUGUAAGUGGCUUGAGAUGUUUGAAGACGUUCGGGUGGUCAUUUUCUGUGUUUCAUUAAGCGACUAUGACCAAUAUGUUGUUGAGGAAACUGGGGAGACAGUUAACAAGAUGUUAUUGAGCAAGAAACUUUUCGAGAGCAUCGUAACUCAUCCAACCUUUGAUCAGAUGGACUUCCUUCUCUUACUAAACAAGUAUGAUUCUUUCGAGGAGAAGUUAGAACAUGUUCCUUUGACGGAAUGCGAGUGGUUUGACGAUUUUCAUCCAAUCGUUAGCCGGAAUCGCUCCAACAGCAACUCCACCAGCAUCAACCAUAGCCCUUCGUUGGGCCAGUUGGCAUAUCAUUAUGUUGCAGUAAAAUUCAAGAGGCUGUUUACUGCUCUCACUAACAGGAAGCUGUAUGUUUCACUAGUAAGAGGUUUAGAACCAAAAACAGUAGAUGAAUCGCUCAAGUAUGCAAGGGAGAUAAUUAAGUGGGACGAAGAGCGGCUAAACUUCAGCUUGAGUGAGUACUCAUUUUAUAGCACUGAUGCAAGUUCCUUCUCACAUUGAACUCAUGAAUUCUUUUUCCCAAAAGAAAAGUUAUGUCCAUAAGAGGUUGUAGUGUAUAUACUGAGAUGGUAAAAGAAGAAAGCAAAGCAGAAUCAAUGGGCAGAUGAUCUAAGUGCUUUGCUUUGGCCUCUUGGAUUACAGACUUGAGUUACUUCAAAUCUAACGCAACUGAACGGAAAAGUGGAUCCUUAUAGGACCGAGAUACGUUUGCCAAUGAAUGAGCACAAACACUUAUUUUUACAGAAUAGGCUUGUAAAUGGCUAAUUUGGUGACGAACAGAAAAGAUAUAGAUUUGACAAUUUUUGUAAUAUUGUAUGUAUCUCUCCGGUAAUGUAAUCAAAUUGUAGGAUAUA